AUGUUUUUGUAAUUCUAAUAUGUGAAAGAAUAUAAAUUAAAAGAAGCUAAUUUUUAAGUAUAUCUCUAUCACCCUAGCAAAAUUUCAAUUUGUUUAAAGAAACUAUAUAUAAAUGUUUCUAAUUUAGGAUAUUUGAUUAUUGAGAAAGCAGAUUAAUUGUUAGAUAAAAACGAAUAAAAUUAAUCAAGAAUUGAUACAACAAAAUUAAUUUCAUUCAUCUUAGGUUAGACUAAUAAUUAAAGUUAACUAAUAAUUUUAGUUAGUACUAGUUUCAAUUCUAUUGUAAAUUCAAUGAAGACUAAAUUAUGA